ACCAGCGGCAUCUAUAGCAACCGGUCCAACACUUUCACGCUCAGCUUCAGCAAUGGCUGCCUCCACCAUGGCGAUCUCCUCCACGGCGAUGGCCGGCACCCCCAUCAAGGUGGGUUCCUUCGGCGAGGGCCGCAUCACCAUGCGCAAGACCGUGGGCAAGCCCAAGGUGGCGGCGUCCGGCAGCCCCUGGUACGGCCCCGACCGCGUCAAGUACCUCGGCCCCUUCUCCGGCGAGCCCCCGAGCUACCUCACCGGCGAGUUCCCCGGCGACUACGGCUGGGACACCGCCGGGCUGUCCGCCGACCCCGAGACAUUCGCCAAGAACCGCGAGCUGGAGGUGAUCCACUCCCGCUGGGCCAUGCUCGGCGCGCUCGGCUGCGUCUUCCCCGAGCUGCUCUCCCGCAACGGCGUCAAGUUCGGCGAGGCCGUCUGGUUCAAGGCCGGCUCCCAGAUCUUCAGCGAGGGCGGGCUGGACUACCUCGGCAACCCCAGCCUGAUCCACGCGCAGAGCAUCCUCGCCAUCUGGGCCUGCCAGGUCGUGCUCAUGGGUGCCGUCGAGGGCUACCGCAUUGCCGGCGGGCCGCUCGGCGAGGUCGUCGACCCGCUGUACCCUGGCGGCAGCUUCGACCCCCUCGGCCUGGCCGACGACCCCGAGGCCUUCGCCGAGCUCAAGGUGAAGGAGCUCAAGAACGGCCGCCUCGCCAUGUUUUCCAUGUUCGGCUUCUUCGUCCAGGCCAUCGUCACCGGCAAGGGCCCGCUCGAGAACCUCGCUGACCACAUCGCUGACCCAGUCAACAACAACGCAUGGGCCUACGCCACCAACUUCGUCCCCGGCAACUAAGCUCAACGGCUAUGCUAUGCAACUUCAUUGUCUUUCGGAUCGGAGAGGGUGUACGUACGUGGAUUGAUUGAUGCUGCGAGAUGCAUGUGUGUCUUUUGUUUCACGUUGCAUUGCAUAGGCAAGUCGAGAUGAUGAGUUGGCGUUGUACACUAAGAUGAACCAUGUUUGUGCAAUAGUGGUGGUUUUUGUUUCCUGCUGGUUAAUUGUUGAUAUCCAUUAAUUUGUUUUUCUUCUAUA